GAGAAAAUAGUGCGCGUACUAUCAUCUGAUGUAUAAUUGAAAAAUAUGACUAACAUGUAUAUGAAUACAUGUUGCUGUCCUCUCGCGUUUCCUUUGACAUUAAUUUGCAACGCUUCGUAGUCGCUUUUGCUUGACAGUUCUCUUUCUCUGAUGUUCUUGCUCAAUUUUUUUUCUAAUGACGAUAUGUUUGAGUUGCACAUGCGCCAUUUUUCGUCUCUUUAUCAUCAUUCAUUUUUGUGUUUCUCUUCAUUUUACUUGUAGCUUACAUUGCAUCAUUUUAUCAUGCUGCAUUUCAGACAUUUGCCUUCAUCAUUCUACUUUUCAUUACACACAGUCAACUACACAUCAUUCAUAAAAAGUUGAAUUUUAUUUAUGAAUUUUUUGACUGAAAGUAUGUCUUUUAAUUAUAAAAUAUUUUCUUUUCAAAGUCUAGCAUUUUGUUUACUAUGAAUAUAAAUUCAUGAUUCAUACCCAUUUGGUAAUUCCUAUAAACACAAAUGUUUAAAAGCAUUAAUACCAAGGUGGAAACAGCUAAAAUCAGAUUUUUUUGAUUUUUUGAUUUUUUUUUUGAUUUUUUUGAUUUAGCUGAUUAAACUGAUUUUUUUGAUUUAAAAUUGAUUAAAAUCAGCUGUUUCCCCCUUGAGGAUUCAUCAAUCUAUCAAAUAAAAAAACUGCAGUUCGAUGGAACGAACUAUAUUGAAAAAAAUUUGUUUGGAAUUUCUCAAUUUUGCCAAAAACCAGUUUCGAGAAAAACGCAAAAGCUUUUUUUUCUAUAUUUUAUCGACCUAUCGUUGGAUAUUAGCAAGACGUAUGGUGAUAUCGUAUAUCCGUCACCAGAACUAAUCAAGAUAGAUAGGUCUACACCUCUAGCGCCACAUGCAGCUAACAAAUGGUAGCACUAUCUAUCAUUUCUUUCGAUUUUUAUCUAAUGUCGCCUAUGAAUGUUACCAUAAGAAAUUUGAAAAACUUGUGGUAGUUCUAUUUGAAACCUUUUGAAACUGAAAGGUUUUUUAGCGAAUAUUUAAAGUAUGGACCUUAGGCGACAUAUCUGUAUAGUUUUCUCAAAAAUCAUUUUUUUUGACGAAAAACGAUUUUUUGGAGAGGGGAGGGCGGCCUUAAAAACAAAAUCUCUCAAAUAUAUUUGAGAAAAACAUUUUCUAAAAGAGAAAUUUUAAAAUAAAAAUAAAAUAAUUUAUUUAUUAAAGAUUUAAUCAAUGAGUUAUUUGGGUGAAACAAACGAAGAAUGUUGUUUAUGUCCUCUGGAUUCUGCUCGUUUUAUAAUGGAACGAGCUCGACAUGUUUCAAUAAGUCCUUCAUCUCUUCAAAAAUUGGCUAAUACUGUUUCUUGAAUUUGUUAUUUCAAUUUUUAUUUUCAACAAAAAAUAUUUUUCUUAAGAUUUCUUGUGCGAUGAUGGAUGGAGAAUGCACACCGGAUGAUUGAAUCGGCUCACACGUAGGUCCACCAAAAAAUUAAUGAUCAAAUAACAAUCGAUUGGUUUGAAUAAGAAUCACAAAUUGUUUGUUUUUUUUAAAGUUUGAUUUCAAAGGAUAUUUUUGACAAGUACAUGAAAUUUUUCAUUUUGGAUUGAUGAUGAUAAAAACGAAUCAUAUUGUCGGAAAUACAAAAAUGAAACUUAUUAUGGUUAUGAAGUAUUAUGUGUUGCAAUAAAUCAAGCAAUAGAUGUAAGGAUUAGAUCUGAUCUUUGAAUUUGUAAUAUAUUGAUAAUUAAAAGGAUGAAGUUCAAUGGAAAAUAUUAUUCUCGUAUAACAACAACAAAUGAAUUGGAAAAUAUUUUUCGACCAUGAGAAAACUCAUCUCGAUUGCCAAUAUUGACUGAAAGAUUAAACGUUUUACAUGAAACUCGAUCAAUACUUCUUAAGGUUAUUUAUUUUAUUUAUUUGUUUUUAAAAAGUUUUUAAUUAAAUAGAAUAUGGUGGACAUUUUGCUCGAUGUAUUGAACAAAGUGAUGGAAGUGCUGUCGAUUUUGUUGAAUUAGUUGUUAAAAGUUUCCCAUCUUAUAGAGAUGAAGCUGUUUAUGAUGGACAACGAGUGAGUUUUUGUAAACGAGCUCAAAUUUUAGAUGGUUUAACAAUGUUUGUUGAUUAUCGUGUUCCUCAAAUGUUAUCACAUAAAGGUGUUCUGGUUUAUUCAUCUGCAUUAAAAGGUCAGCUUCAACGAAAGAAAUUGAUUCUAUAUGGAGAUCCAGAUGAAUAUGAAAUUCGUGCUGAAUCAAUCUUAACUGUUCAUCUUAUUGUUAAUCAUGCUAAUGAAAAAAUUCUUUUAGAAAAAGAUACAGAUGUUGAACAAAGACUAAAUGCACCAUUUGUUGAUGCUUAUUUAUGGAAAAAAGACGAAAACAAGCUCAUUUAUACGAACAAACAUCAUUUCAUCGUACUAGAUCAAUAUUCUAUUAACUAUUUUUUUUUCUCUUCAAUUAUUCUAAUACAGAAUAUCUUAUUCAAUUAUUUAAAAGAAUGA